GCCCCGCGAGCCACGCACGAGUGCACGACCAUAGUAGUUUGUUUAUUUACGGAAUGGUAUGAGCUAUCUCUAUCCAGCGACAGAUCGGAGCAGACCCUGUAUGGAGUGGCGAAUGGCGCUGUGGUCUCAAAUUUUAUGCAUAGUCACUCUGCUGUUAUGCAGCGAUUGUGCAGCAUCUUUUGCCAAGGAGCAGCAAAAGGACCGGGUUGGUAGGCUCCCAGGUCAAGGCUUCAACAUCAGCUUCGCACACUAUGCUGGGUACAUCACCGUCAAUGAGAAAGCUGGGAGAACACUCUUCUACUGGUUCAUUGAGGCACUUGAAGAUCCUCAUUCUAAGCCCCUUGUUUUGUGGCUCAAUGGAGGGCCUGGAUGUUCGUCCAUUGCUUUCGGACAGUCAGAAGAAGUUGGGCCUUUUCAUAUAAAUUCAGAUAGCAAGACCCUCCAUUUCAAUCCCUAUUCUUGGAACCGAGUUGCCAACAUUCUUUUUCUUGACACUCCUGUUGGGGUUGGAUUUUCAUAUUCGAAUAACAAAUCCGACAUGCUGAUCAAUGGCGAUGAGAGGACAGCUGAGGACAAUUUAGUAUUUCUAUUGAAUUGGUUUGAGCGUUUCCCUCAAUAUAAAAGAAGCAACUUUUUCAUCAGUGGUGAGAGCUAUGCAGGGCAUUAUGUUCCUCAACUUAGCCAAGUUAUUGUAAAGUACAACUCGGUUACAAAAGAAAAUGCUAUAAAUCUGAAAGGUUUCAUGGUAGGAAAUGCUCUAACAGAUGAUUUCCAUGAUCAAUUGGGAAUGUUUGAGUUUAUGUGGUCAAGUGGUUUGAUUUCGGAUCAAACAUACAAGCUUUUGAACCUACUAUGUGAUUUUCAGUCAGUUGAGCACCCGUCACAUUCAUGCGAAAAAAUCUGGGAAAUUGCUAAUGAAGAACUUGGAAAUAUAGACCCAUACAGUCUCUUUACUCCUCCGUGCCAACAUGCUAAUGUUAGCCAGUUAAGUCGGCUGGUGAGAAGAAAGCAUAGAAUUGGUAGACUCAGUGCAGAGUAUGAUCCAUGCACUGAAAAGCACUCCAUUGUAUACUUCAAUCGACCUGAUGUCCAAACAGUUCUUCAUGUUGAUCCAGAUCAUAAGCCUGCUACAUGGGAGACCUGCAGUGAUGAGGUAUUUACAAACUGGAAGGAUUCUCCAAGAACAGUGCUCAAUAUUUAUCAUGAACUUAUUCAGAUGGGAUUGAGGAUAUGGGUGUUCAGUGGUAAUACAGACGUGGUAAUACCCGUGACAUCUACUCGCUAUAGCAUAAAAGCUCUCGACCUUCCUACUGUGAGUCCUUGGCGAGCAUGGUAUGAUGAUGGGGAGGUGGGAGGAUGGACUCAAGAAUAUGCUGGCCUUACGUUUGUGGUUGUAAGGGGUGCGGGGCACGAAGUUCCUUUGCAUUCACCAAAACUUGCUUUGACACUGUUCAAAGCCUUCCUAGCAGGAACAUCAAUGCCCAAUCUUGAGCUAGUCGGUGCCUCCUGAAUUUACGUUAAUAUUCUCCCUUUAAAUAAGUUCUAAUUGACUGUAUUUGACUGUUUCACAUGGGGAAUCCGAUGUUGAUUUCUUUUACGCGUUACUCAAUUUGUGUUUUUUUUUUAUGUACCAAACAAAAUAUUAGAUGUACCGAUUUAUGUUUUUUCUUUUCUUUAUAAUCUUUUUAAUAGUGCUGAAGUCAAAGUUGUGUA